CCCAAACUUGCAACAAGCAAGACGUACCACGCGCGCGCCAACACAAAAAAGUUAAAGCUAUAAAAAAGCCACAGCAAAAUAUUUGCGAGUAUUUCCCGUACACAGUGCACUGAUAUUGAGGGAGAGAGAGAUUGAGAGACAGUAGUGAUUGGUGAUUGACAACAAGUACUGUCGCCUCGCCACGUUCGACAGAGAUCGAAUCCGAUGUUCGCGUAGUGCGGUGUGUUCGACAUAUGAUGAGCCUGACUGUGCUCUCGCUGCCGCAACGUUUUAAACGCCUCCUGCAAGUCAUGUCACUCGCCGUUGCCGUCGUCUAUAUGACGCUUAUGCUCUACCAGAGCGCCUACGGAUAUCCGGGCAUCCAAUCUCCUCAGUUGCCGCACAGCCAGGUGGAUGGCAGUGCCAAUGCAAAUGCCAAUGAACCUGUGACCACACAUCGCGACCAGCUGCUGCAGGACUAUGCACUGCACUCGUCCAGCUCUACGCCCACACAGCCGGCGGCUGCAGCUGCCGCCGCUGCCUCACCCACCACCGUCAUCAUACGCAAGGACAUACGCAGCUUCAAUUUCAGCGACAUUGAGGUCAGUGAGCGGCCAACGGCCACGCUGCUCACCGAGCUGGCACGUCGCAGUCGGAACGGGGAGCUGCUCCACGAUCUGUCACAGCGAGCGGUGACAGCGACGCCGCAGCCGCCCAUCACCGAACUGGAUGACAUUUUCAUCAGUGUGAAGACAACGAAGAACUAUCACGAUACCCGACUGGCGCUGAUCAUCAAGACUUGGUUCCAAUUGGCCCGCGAUCAGACUUGGUUCUUUACGGACACGGAUGAUCACUACUACCAGGAGAAGACAAAGGGCCACCUAAUCAACACCAAGUGCUCCCAGGGCCAUUUUCGCAAGGCGCUCUGCUGCAAGAUGUCCGCCGAACUGGAUGUAUUUCUGGAGAGCGGCAAAAAAUGGUUCUGUCACUUUGAUGAUGACAACUAUGUCAAUGUGCCGCGUCUGGUCAAACUGCUGGACGAGUAUAGUCCCAGUGUGGAUUGGUAUUUGGGCAAGCCGAGCAUUUCCUCACCGCUGGAGAUCCACUUGGACAGCAAGAACACGACAACCAACAAGAAGAUAACCUUCUGGUUUGCAACUGGCGGCGCUGGCUUCUGUCUGAGCCGUGCCCUGACGCUCAAGAUGCGACCCAUAGCAGGUGGCGGCAGAUUUACCAGCAUCGGGGACAAGAUACGCUUUCCGGAUGAUGUCACAAUGGGUUUCAUUAUAGAACAUCUCCUCAAAGUACCCCUGACUGUCGUGGACAACUUCCACUCGCACUUGGAGCCCAUGGAGUUCAUACGCGCCGAUACGUUCCACGAUCAGGUGUCCUUCAGCUACGCUCACAUGAAGAACCAAUGGAAUGUGAUCAAAGUGGAUGGCUUCGAUCUGAAGACAGAUCCCAAGCGCUUCUACUCGCUGCACUGCCAACUCUUUCCCUACUUUAGCUUCUGUCCACCCAGAUGAGUACCGGGGAUGAGCCACCCCAGUGGAUCCGCCUUGGAUCCUCCAUUUGGCUGUUUUGCAGGCGCACACCUGCCCCUCAAGCGGUUCAGAAUCGUUGUGGGCAGGCGUCGAAAAAACCAAUCUCGCCACUGUGAUUUAAUAUUUAAGUUGUGAAAAGUGUAAAGUAAACUAAAUGAACGAUGAAUGAUGGUUCUGUAUAUACUAUCUAUAAUUAUAAAUGAAAGUUGUGCUUCCUAAUGGUUUAAGGUUUACUUGUAACACACAUCUGCAGAUCUAGCAGAUCUUUUGCAAUUCCAACACACUUCCAAGUGCUUCCCUAUAGCCUGUAGGUUCCUGAUUCUUCCAAUCAACUUAGCUUUUAGUUCAAUUAAUUGUCUAGUCUAGGUUUAAGGUUCGUCCCACAGACCCAGAACCCCUGCCCUCUCUGUUUAAUACUGUAAUGCAGUCUAAUAAUCGCCCAAACUAACUAUAAAUAUAAAUAUAAAUA